UUGUCCGCUGUUUGUUGUUCGCUGUUCGUUGUUCGACGUUCACCGAUUGUUGUUCGUCAUUCGCCGUUCUUUGUCCGCUGUUCGAUGUUCGACGUUCAUCGUUUGUCGUUCGCCGUUCUCUGUUUGUUGUUCGUUGUUCGUUGGUCGCUGUUCGACGUUCACCGUUUGUUGUUCGUCACUUGUCGUUCACCAGUCGUUGGGUGUUUGUUGUUCGCCCUUCGCUUUCCUCGACCGCUGUUCGUUGUUCGCUGGUCGUCGUUCGACGUUCACCAUUUGCUGUUCGUCAUUUUCAAUUCAUCGGUCGUCGUUCGCCAUUCACCAUUUGUUAAUCGCCAUUCCUCGUCCGUUGUUCGCCCUUUGUGGUUCGUCGCUAUUGCGACGGUCGAGUCCACAAUGCGCCUCGUUUCGCGAGAUGACCCAAGCUAUUUUGGCCUAAUUCAAGCCACGAAAUCUCCUCCAGGCCGAUCAGCACACACCGGAACGCACCGAACAUUCUGCAAACUGGAGGCUGUUGUCGAGACGAUAGUUCGUGUUGGCGUCAAUGUUAGCCCUGGUGUUGGUGUGUCUGUCCAACUGUUCUGCUUUCACAAAUUGUCUCGGCGUUUAGCUGGUCAUUCGCUCUAUUCCCAGACCAGGCCCCGUGAAGAGGGGAUUCUGAGGACUGGCGAAUGUAGACAAGCCAAUCACGUGUUGACGACUGAUCGGUUCGUGACCAAUCAGCGGCCCGGUGGCACGAAGAAGCCUCCGUCCACUGCAGCUUGUGUGUGCCUAAUUGGGAAAAGCAAAGCCGGAAGGGUGAACUCCAUCCGGGACCGAUGGAGGCUGCAGAAUGGCAUCAGCAAGAGGCAGUUUUGGCGGAGGUGUUGA